AUGCAAAAACGUCAUGGCUUUCACCAGGCACCACUUUCGGACUUUUAUAUUCCUAUACACGCUAGGUCUAUACUUAAUCAUUUGACUUUGUCCAAUUAUAUUUAUUCAUCCUCUUUUAUAAUGUACUCUCGUGUUCUUGCUAUCGCCGCCAUUGUUACCAUGGCCUUGGCCGUCCAAGCUGCCAACAGCACUGCCAACAGCACUGCUCCUUUUGGUAACUCUACCUCUUACCAAUCUGGUAAUACCUCAAACACCACCAACAGCUCCUCCUCUUCUGAGUCUGGUUCCAGCUCCAGCGCUGCCUCUUCUCUCACGAACUUCAGCUCUGGUGCCUUCGUCAUUGCCAUGAUUGCUGUUGCCUGCUCCGUUAUGUCUCUUUAA